AUGCUAGUGGAUAGAGAGGGGCUAUGGUUUAGAGUGUUGGUAGCUCGUUAUGGGAUUGAGGGAGGUAGACUUCGAGUUGGAGGUCGGCGAGGGUCGUCGUGGUGGAAGGAGAUAGCGAGUAUUAGGGAUGGUGGGAGUGCUUCAGGGGGUGGUUGGUUUGGGGAGCAGGUUUUGAAGAGGGUGGGGGACGGGUCAGAUACUUUUUUCUGGACCGAUCCCUGGGUGGAUGAGACUCCUUUGUGUCAGCGGUUUGGACGCCUGUUUCAGUUGGCAGAGACUAAAUUAUGUACGGUAGCAGAGAUGUUUGCUUUAGGGUGGGGUGAGGGAGGGGAGGCGUGGGUGUGGAGGCUGCAUUUGAGGGUAUGGGAGGAGGAGAUGUUGGGGGAGUGUCAGUCGUUACUUCUUAACAUUUUCUUGCAGGCUCAUUCUAUUGAUAGGUGGGAGUGGCGCUCUGAUCCUGUCACAGGUUAUUCCGUUAGAGGAGCAUAUCAGCUGCUUACUUCUCAUACUUCGGUCACUACGGAUGUUGCGGAUAAUCUCAUUUGGCAUUCCCAGGUUCCUUUGAAGGUUUCCAUUUUUGCGUGGCGUCUUUUGCGGGACCGGUUGCCCACGAAAGUAAACCUGGUUACCCGAGGCGUUUUAUCUUCUACAGCUCAUGAUUGUGUUUUUGGAUGUGGAGAGGCUGAGUCAGCCCAUCACUUAUUCAUCUCCUGCGGCAUUGUUGGUUCUCUUUGGGAUUUAGUGCGAUCGUGGACUUGUAUUCCUUUGGUGGAGUUCACUACACUUCGUGACCAUUUUGUUCAGUUUGUAUCUUCAGCAGGUGGUUCGCGGGCGCGUCGAUCAUUUUUGCAGCUCAUUUGGCUCGCUUGCGUUUGGGUUGUAUGGACGGAACGAAACCAUCGAUUGUUCACAGGUUCAACUGAUACGCCCCAUAUUUUGUUGGACAAGAUCAAGCUUUUCUCUUUUAGGUGGUUGAAGGCGACGAAUAUUACGUUGGCUUAUAACUACCAUUGUUGGUGGUCUAGUCCUAGGCUUUGUUUGGGUUUUGUAUGA